AUGGCUCUCUCUCUUUUCUCCUCAUCCUUCAUCGAUCCCCAACUCUGCCACCUUCUUCCCCAGAUGACCCUCUUUGACUCUAUUCUCUUCUGCGUUGUUCAUUUCGUGGACAAGCUUGGCCUGUGGCCUAAGUUGCCAGUCCUGCUGGGGCUCGCCUACCUGGGACUCAGAAGGCGCUUGCAUCAGCGUUAUAAUCUCUUGCAUGUUGGCCGUCUUAAUGGUCACAAGUAUGAUACCCUCCACUAUGCGCAUAGGACCCCCGACGGUACCUGCAACCACCCCACCGACGACUUGGUGGGCAGUCAGGGGACUUUUUUUGGCCGGAAUAUGCCUCCCGCAACGUCAGAUUAUGGGUUGCUAGAUCCUCACCCUACGGAAGUGGCGUCAAAGCUCUUGACGAGGAAGAAGUUCAAAGAUACGGGAAGGCAAUUCAACAUGAUAGCCUGCUCGUGGAUACAAUUCAUGAUUCAUGACUGGAUCGAUCAUUUAGAGGACACUGAACAGGUGGAAAUUAGACAUCCUGAUGGAUAUUCGGGAGGAUGCCCAUUGAAGUCUUUUAAGUUCUUCAAGACCAAGAAAUUCAAAACGGGCUCUUCAGAUAUGAAGAAUGGCCAUCUGAACACUAGGACUCCUUGGUGGGAUGGGAGUGUAAUAUACGGGAAUAACCGGAAGGGCAUGACAAGAGUGAGGACAUUCAAAGAUGGAAAGCUGAGGAUUUCGGAAGACGGGCUUCUUGAGCAUGAUGAGAAAGGUAUUCCUAUUUCCGGUGAUGUUCGGAAUAGUUGGGCUGGCUUUUCCCUGCUGCAAGCCUUAUUUGUCAAGGAGCACAAUGCUGUAUGUGAUAUGCUAAAAGCACAUUAUCCUGAUUUCGAUGAUGAACAACUCUAUAGGCAUGCGAGGUUGGUGACUUCAGCGGUCAUUGCUAAAAUACAUACAAUUGACUGGACUGUAGAACUCCUAAGAACUGAUACUCUUCUGGCAGCCAUGAGGAUCAAUUGGUAUGGAUUUCUGGGGAAGAAAUUUAAGGAUUUAUUUGGACACAUUUUUGGGCCAAUAUUUAGUGGAUUAGUUGGCACUAGGAAGCCAAUAGAUCAUGGAGUUCCCUACUCACUUACGGAAGAGUUUGUGAGUGUUUACAGAAUGCAUUCACUUCUACCUGAUGAAAUUGUCCUCCGAGACAUCAAGCUGCCGGCAGCAGAAGACCGAUGUCCUUCUAUACUCAAAAAGGUGCCAAUGAGCGACUUAUUGGGAAAAGAAGGGGAAAGAAGGCUAUCAGAAAUCGGAAUGGAGCAGAUGCUAGUGUCCAUGGGUCAUCAGUCGUGUGGGGCUGUUGAUUUAUGGAACUAUCCUGCAUGGAUGAGAAACCUCAUUGCUCAUGACAUUGACGGAGAAGAUAGACCAGAUCCAGUUGAUAUGGCUGCCAUGGAAGUUUAUAGAGAUAGAGAAAGGGGCGUUGCACGCUAUAACGAGUUCAGAAGAAACUUGCUGAUGAUCCCCAUCAGUAAGUGGGAAGAUUUGACAGACGAUGAAGAGGUGAUCGAAGCUGUGAGAGAGGUGUACGGAGAUGACGUGGAGAAGCUGGACUUGAUAGUGGGCUUACAUGCAGAGAAGAAGAUCAAAGGGUUUGCUAUUAGUGAGACUGCUUUCUUCAUCUUCGUGCUCAUGGCUUCAAGGAGGCUAGAAGCUGAUCGUUUCUUCACAAGCAAUUUCAACCCGAAAACAUACACAGAGGAAGGACUGGAAUGGGUGAACAGAACAGAGAGUUUGAGGGAUGUGAUUGACAGGCAUUUCCCCGAGAUGACAAGAAACUGGAUGAGAUGCUCAAGUGCUUUCUCUGUUUGGGAUUCAAUGCCAAAUCCUACAAACUACAUCCCUCUGUAUCUGAGAUUAGCCUCGUGAUAUUUUUCGGGGAUUAAUCUCUGACCAACUAAUUAGUAAAUUACAACCUUCUUGUUUCUUUCUUGAAUUGAAAAUUCUAUGUCACAUUCUGUGCACAACUACGUCUUAUUUCAAUCCUACUGUUUUUAGUUAAUUGCUA